AAUUCAAUAGCCUUUGCAUUCGUUGUUGGUACUCUCUCUGUGUGUGUUUUCAAUCAAGCGAGCGGCGCGCGAACCUCAUCUUUUCCGCAUUGAUACCAACAAAAACACAUUUACUGCAAUAAAGCUGCGUUUGUGGCGUCGUUUGUUUAUUUUUUACUAACUAAAAACAAACAAUAACAACACAAGAAGCACCAAACUCCAAACUCGCGUUACGUUACGUUUAUCGUUCCGUUCGCUGUUACGCCGAUUCGCCGUAAGAAUCGGUAACAAAAAUUUUUUCAAAUUUUACCGUGUGGCGUCUGACGGCUCUGCUUCUGUUAGUUCCUCCGUCGUACAUACAUAAAUACGUAUAUACAUAUAAAUAUAUAUAAUAUAUAUAUAUAUAUAUAUAUUUAUAUAUCUGCAUAAUAAUCAAUAUAACGUACAUAUGUACAUGGAAUAAACGAAUGCGAGUUGCAAUUGGCUUUCAACUUAUUUUAGCCAUUGAGUUUGUGUUGUGUGCAGUGCAAAAAAUCAAAAGAGGAAGAACGCAGAAAAAUACAUACAUAUAUAAAACUAUUGCAAAAUAUAUAAACUAACUCCUCGCCACCCUCAACCCCCUCAGUACGAACCAUUCGCACAGUAAUCGGCCAAAAUCAUGGAACACUUUCAUCAAAUACAGCAAACAAUUCAACACUAUCAGCAGCAACUGGCUGCGCAGCAACAACAACAAGCGGCUGCAGUACAACAGCAACAGUUGCAACAACACCAAGUGGUUGUCCAGCAAAAUCAACAGCAGGCACAUCAGAAUAGCUCCAACGCCACCUCCGGCGUUGGCACCCAACAGCUAUUCACAUACAAAAUGGCCAGUAGUUUCCCCAAUCCAGCCACAACAAUGGCCCAGGUUGUUGCCACCUCGAAUGCGGCAACCACUGGCUACGAUUACCGCCUAAAUAUGGCGCAGGCUGCGGCAGCUGCGGCGGUGCCCGGCUCCCAAUGGUGGUAUCCGGCUGCCAAUCAGGGUCAGGUGGAUGCCAACACAGCUGCACAGCUCCAGCAGCAACAGCAGCAACAACAACAGCAGCAACAACAGCAACAGCAGCAGCAACAGCAACAACAACAGAUGCAACAACAGCAGCAGCAACAGAAUGUCAUCAACUCAGCCGGGAGCCCAAUGGUCAGGGGGGGCAAAGCUGAUGCGAAACCCAGAGGCCGAAUGACCGCCUACGCAUACUUUGUACAGACAUGCAGAGAGGAGCACAAAAAGAAGCAUCCCGAUGAGACAGUGAUCUUCGCUGAGUUCUCAAGGAAGUGCGCUGAGCGCUGGAAGACGAUGGUUGACAAGGAGAAGAAACGCUUCCACGAAAUGGCUGAAAAAGACAAGCAACGGUACGAGCAGGAGAUGCAGAACUAUGUCCCGCCCAAGGGUGCGGUCGUGGGCCGUGGCAAGAAAAGAAAACAGAUCAAGGAUCCGAAUGCGCCAAAACGUUCAUUGUCUGCGUUCUUCUGGUUCUGCAAUGAUGAAAGAAAUAAAGUGAAGGCUCUUAAUCCCGAAUACGGUGUUGGUGACAUUGCCAAAGAGCUGGGCCGCAAAUGGUCGGACGUUGAUCCCGAAGUGAAGCAAAAGUACGAGUCGAUGGCAGAGAGGGACAAGGCACGAUAUGAGCGAGAAAUGACCGAGUACAAGACAAGCGGGAAAAUUGCCAUGUCAGCGCCCUCGAUGCAAGCGUCGAUCCAGGCGCAGGCCCAAGCAGUACAGAAAGCCGCGUUACUCGCCGCAGCCGCACAGCAGCAGCAGCAGCAUCAGCAGCUGGAUGAGCAGCACGACGACGAUGAUGGUGACGGUGAUGAUGACGAGAAUCAAUAGGUCUAGCAGUAAAAUACUCUUCACUAUUUAUACACUAUCCUCCGUUGGUCAUCACGAACAAGGAAAGGGCGUCAGCUGAUCGAUAACCAGAUUGACUGAUGCGUGUUGAACAUAUAUAUAUAUAUAUAUAUAUAUAUAUAUAUAUACCAGUAUAUAUUGAUAAUAUAUAUACACAAUAUAUAUAUAGAAAUAUAAUAUUAAUUUUUUUUUUUUUUUUAAAUAAUAAGUAAUCAAAUUUCCAUGAAUUACUGAAGGAGAAAAUCACAAAGAAACCUUUUAUAAGUUUUAUUUUUAAGAAUAUAAUAUAUAAGUAUAUAUGGUUAGAUUAAAAUGACAUUAAUCUGUCUGCAAAUCUUAAUUUUGUGCUUCAAUGAUAAGUUUCUCCUCUUAAAACACUAAGUACGAAUUAUUUUAUAACUUUGAAGAAAUUCAUCAUGUCAUUCUCAGCAAGCAAACACUCACACACUCACAUACAUAGACACGUUACCACUAAACAUGCAAACAUAUGUAUAUACAUAUAUUACGUAUAUUAUUGGUACAUAUUUCCCCCAUUUAUUAAAGUUAGAUGAUUCACACCAAUAAUGAAACUAAGAAAAUGAUAAAAAAAAAAAAAUACAAAACAAAAUCUAAAUCUAUAACUAAAACUAAAAAAAAAAAAAAAAAAAAAAAAAAAAAACAACUGAAAACAAACAAAAAAUGAUGCGUUUACUCAUUGCAGUUGCAACCACUCAAUGAAACGUGAUAAUUUGAAAUACUUAACUCAGUGGCGGGUGAUAUCUCUCUACAUAUUUAGGUAUAUAUAUAUAUAUAUAAAGAUAUAUAUAUAUAUACUCGUAAAUUAUCAUAAAGUUUCAGAAAUACUACUACUGAAAAUUAUCGCAAUGGAUAUACUGUCAGCAUUUAAAGAAUAACUUUUUAUCAAUAUGAAAUGACGACGAAAAGCAUUCAAAUUUUAUAUUUUCAUCGGUCCAAAUCGGAAAUUUGAACACCUAUUUCAAUACAUAUAUGUAUAUAACUAUUUCAGUAUAUAUAUACAUAUAUAUAUAUAUAUAUAUUUGUACAACAUUUCCAAAUUGCAAAAGUGUUUCCUUUCUUCCUUGUCAAAUGAAGUGAGCUCUGGCUGGAGUUGUUUUUCUGUGUAAAUACAUAAGAACCUAAUUUAGAUGUUAGAUUUCCGAUAGAAUCCAGAUGUAUUAUGAAUAUAUGAAAAUUGUAUGUUUUUUAGGCUGUUGAAACAUAUACAUAUAUACGAGUAAACUGUAUUGCAUUAUAUGAAAGUAGAAGCAGAAGCAGAAGCAGAAGCACUUGACAACGCACCCGUUGUCUUGGCCAUGUACAUACAUAUUGAAGUAUUAUUUAAACCAUUGGGCUUAUACCAAUAUCAGAUUGUGUCUGUAAGGAGUAUAUAGCUUUAACAAGACAAGACAACAUAUACAUAUGUACACUAGGGGAAAGUAUUGCCAAUGCCUUAGAGGGACCAUAUAGACAUGAUCCUUUUAUGCAGGCCAAUUAACUCAGUAAAAAAAAACACACACACAGACACAUAGACACACACACACAGAUACACACAUAUAUGUAUGUAUAUGUAUAUAUAUAUGUAUAUACUAUAUAGAGUAAAUUAUGCUUUUUUUUUGUUUUUUGAUAAGACGCAAUCGUGUAACUCUCUUACUCCGAUGUGUGUGGCAUCUAUCAAUAAAUAAAUACAAGCAGAUAUCGAACAAGAUCUGGGUAAUACGAGAGACUUCCUAAUUCGUAUGUAUAGACUAGUAGGGAUACAUAUUAGUUAGAAUAUGGCGUGACAAAUCGACAAGCAAAAACAACAACAACAACAACCACAAUAAUGACAACUAACAUAUAAAUCUAUAUAUAUCUAAUGAUAUUUUGUAACAUGAUAGUGUUACUGCUUUAUUAAGAAUACCGUACACCUGAUGAUGGGUCACGUUAUAUACCUCAAAAUGUAUGUACAGAUAUUAUUUUCAUAAAUACCAUAUGAUUUUUUUUUUUUUUUUUUUUUUUUUUUAGUUUUUGUUUUUCGUUUUCGUUUUGCCAGAGAACAACUCGCCACCGAGAUGAUAUUCAUAGAAGUGUAGAUUAGGACAUAUAUAUAUAUGAGUCGAUAUCGUUUAUAUAUGUGUUUUAAUUUUUUCUAUUAAACCGUAAAUCCUUACAUCAUUUACUAUGACAAUUCCAGUUCCCCGUGCUUGUUAUAUAAGAAACUAAACUAAUACAAAUAAACUUUUAGAAAAGUGAUACUUUGUUUUUAGUGUAUACGAUAUGUACGAUAUGCAUGUACAUACGUGCAGGCUCCAAUGUCGGUUCUCCAUAUAAGCAACCUAUUUUUUUUAAGUUCCCCUAAAAUACAAAAAAAAAAAAAGAAGAAAAUAAGGAGAAACAAAAAUCCUAAUACCUUUUUUUGGAUUACAUAUUAUUAUUUUUAUUUUUAAUAUUAUUAUUAUGUAUAUGUAAGUGUGAAAUACAUUAGCAAUACAAUGGUAGCUACUAAGGUAUUUUUUUUAUUUAAUUUUUUUCUAUGAAUUUACACAAUCUUGUAAAAAUAGUUAAAAAUAAAUAUAAUUUAGCUAGAUGUAUGCUUAUGAAGGCAAA